CUUUUUUCUUUUCUUUUCUCUUUCUAUAUUUGGUGUCGUUUGACAUUUCUUUUUUUCUUUUACAAAAAGGAAAAAAAAAAAAGAAAAGAAUGCAAUCAUUGACAUUAAAUGAUGAAGAAAAGCUUUCAAGGAAUGGAGUUAAACCGAAUUUAUCAGUUGAUACAAACUUUACAAAGAAAAAGUCACCAUGGAGUUAUUUCUUUUCUUGUCCAAGAGAUAAAAGAGCAGAAUCCAUCAAUAAGACUGCUUCAAAACCGCCAAUAAAACGUAAUAGCUUACCAUCACCACCACCACCAUCCACUUUACCACAUACAGCCCUUCAGCAUCAUAAUACAGCUAUAGGUUAUAUGCCUCAUAAAUCGAAUAAAAAACCAAUGGAAAAGACAACAACUGACAAUCGUAAUCAUAAAUCACCUGACUCGAAUAGCAUUCAAUCAGCAUUCAAGAAAUUACACUUUCCACACUUUCAUAGACGUACAAAAUCAAUGCAGUCAUCUUUUGAUUCAAUGGAUGAUAUCUAUACACCUAGUGCUCCUGAACCUAUCAUACCUACCUUUGUUGAAUGGUCUUCAGAGACACCUCUCUCACCUCCACCUUGGGAGCUGACAGAUAAAUUAAAGUCUUCUAAACGUCAUUCGAUGGUAGAACAUAAUAUGAUAGCGAAUAGCGACUAUAAUAACGACACAACGAAUCAUGUUUUGAACCAAGAAAGUAAUUAUCAUUCAGAUUCAGAAUGUGAUAAAUUGAAUAAUAAUGACCUAAGUACUAUCAAUUCAAUGAAUCGUACAGCCAAUGUAGCCUUGGUAGAGACAACUACAAGUACAUCUUCUUUUAAUAGCAAUGCCACUUUAUCCAGCCCUGUUGUCCAACGUCGAUCCAGUUGCACAACAUAUGAUGCUGUCUCUGUAAGCAGUAUGGAUACGAACAUAUCUUCCAAGACACUUGUUGAGAAUGAUAUUAUCUCGAUUACCGAGAAACAUACUAGAGAUAUGCCUGUUCUUAAACGAUAUAAGCAUCCUUCAGAAAAGAAAACUCCAUUAAAACCAUGUCAAAAGGCCAAAGUACGAGCUGCACAUCCUGAAUACCUUACACAUCACCACUCCUUUUCGUUUUGUGAGGAUCAUCUCAAGUAUCUUUAUAUACCAAACGUAUUUGAUCCCGUCACAAGGGAGCCUAUCUUAGAGUUUGCAACAAUUAAGCCAAGGAAAUAUGAAUUAUAUCGCAAGACAAGUUGGAAACGAGAGGCCAAGGCAAUGAUGACCUGGCAUCAUACAUUGGAAGAAAAACUUCGAAAGUCAUCACACGUGCCUAUCUCAAACUUUUCCAGGGAUUUGCCACGUGCAAAAAUUGAAAAAUAUUUUUUGACUCGAAGAUUUAUUAUCAAAGAGUUCUUUACAACAGAAGUUAGUUUCUGGAAUCAACUUUACUAUACAAAAAUUGUUUUCUAUGAUGCAUUUUUAUAUGCGUUUCAAAAGGAAAAUAGACUUUUCAAAGAAGAUGAUAUCGAUCUUUUUGCUAAUUUAUUUGAUCUCAUGCAAUUUUCCGCAAAACUAAUUAACCACCUUCGACAUCUUCAAAUGGGGCCUGUCAAAGAAAUGGGAAUGAAUCCAUGUGGUAAUAUGGAAUGUAAUAAUUUAAGACUGGGGAAGAUAUUGGUUGACAUGGCAGAAGAUUUUGUGGUCUUUUUACGAUGCGCUUUGGAUUAUAAAGGUAAUCGCAAGUGUUUAGAUAGUCGAGAAAAUACAAUUGGUUAUAUACAAUUCAAACAGAGAUUAUUAACUCGAAAGGAGACAAGUCAGUUUACGAUGCAAGACUAUUUAAUCAUUCCUAUCCAACGUGUUGCUCGUUAUGGCUUAUUACUUACAGAUUUAAUAAAGCAUACCGAACCAAACCAUCCAGAUUAUAAAAACUUACUUCGAGCACAUCAAAUCAUUACAAGUCUUGCAAUAGCAAUGGAUUCUGUUCAAAAGAAAAAAAAGAAGACUUAAUCUAAUACAUAGUUUUAUUUUGAGGGGAGGAGGCUUUACUUUGUACAUAUUUACUAUAAUUAAUAUUUAAUGUUAUACUUUGUAGAAUACUAAUACUAAUAAUACUAAUAAUAAUGAUAAUAAUAUACUGAUAAUAAUAAUACUAAUAAAAACAGUUAUUUU